AUGUCAUCCAGCUUUCAGUUCUUCGGACUGACAGCUGCAGGUCCUUUUGUGGAAGUGCGUGAGCCUGUUUGCGUCGUCGGGGAGGAUAUGCAGAUGUCAGGCUUGAGUGAGCAGGCAUCAGCGUCCGCCUACUGCCCAGCCAUUGUCUUGUCUGGGGAAUCAGAUCCACCCGGCUUGUUUCAUUCAUUCUUCAUUACGGAUUCAGCAGAAAACCACUCCAUGCCAUGCGGAGCGAGUGAGACGUAUACGGCGGAGGUCCACUGCACCCUGAACUCGACCAACUGGCGUGAGUUUGGCGUGCAGAAAGUCGCGCUGCUGGCAACUGGCGCAAUCUACGGGAGUUAUGGGCAGCACCUGGGAAAAGGCACCGACCGCUGGUGCUACACCGAUGGGAAUGGUUUGAGUGCCGGCAUGGUGCUGCUGCGGGACUGGGGAUGCAUUCUGUGCUUCACGCGAGGCCGCUUGGUGCACGUGCAGUGGCUAUCAGGGAAAGACUACAUUGGGCGCCAGGAGGGUGAAACAGUCGUGGCGCCUGCGAUCUUUUUCGGGGCCAGACUUCAUGGCUUGCGCACUCUCAAGCGCUUGGAUGAGGAGAUCGUACGACCGAGCCUGCGAACAGUUGCACUCGGAUGGCAACUGUGGCAUUUCAGAAGCGACCGCACCGUGCCACACGUCACUGUGGCCUGGACUGUGGGGUCCAAUACAUCUGGGCCGGCCUUCGUGCCCAAGUGUGCGCUGCGCUUGGGCGAUGCCAGCGUCACCUUCUACGUGACUUCAAAGUGGGCCGCUGGGGGUGGCUAUGAUUUGGCCGCCUCGCACGCGAUCCACGAGGUCAUCGACACCUGCUUACUUCCCCAGGGUAACGAAGAGUCCGGGAGCACAGGAUGGUGGCACAUCACAGGCGAGCAUCCCUGUCUUGACGACCUGCUGGCAACACGAAAGGCUCUGCCUGGAGAGUACUGCGUUCGGACCCUGGAGUUCUACUAG